CUCUCUCGGCAUUUUUUUCCGCAAAAAAUCGCACUUUUAUACCUCAAAAUCAACAUACUUUUUGGAACAACCGCAUAAACUGCAAUAAUCAGUGAAAAGUCACCUACAAUUUUUUAUACACGUGCAAACACGCUGGGGGUGUAUUUUACCCAGUGUGACUGGUACGGGAUUCUCGGGAAGUGUGACCGAAAAGGGUUAAUCUGACUUUGGAUAACGUCAUCCAAGAUCAAAUGCUGAUUAAGACCAGUAAAAGUAAUAGACUUCUUUAAACUCUAUUACAAUAACUGUUGUCUGAAAUUUUUUUUUAUAAAACUUACAUUUUUCGAGAUAUCAUAUGCCGUCCCGGAACUUUUUAUACCCUGUUUGCACGUGCUAAAACUAAUGUUUUGGAAGAUUACAAAUCAACACAACAUAUUCUGGAAAAAAAACUGGAUAUGAGAAGUCAAUUCUUAAUCAAUGAAAAAGAACAGGUAGUAGAGAAUCUAUGUAAAAUUCAACGUAAAUUCAAGAUUGACAGAGAAAGAUUCAAAAAGAGAUUGUAUAAUAAUCUUUUGGAUCUGGCUAAUAUAUUUCAAUUUGAAGUACCGAAACAUGUGCCGCGUUCUAUACCUAAUUUACUGUCGGAAAAUAUAGCUCUAAAGAAUCAAUUGUCAAUGAUGACGGACAGCGCAGCUUCUAACACACGGGAUUACAUGCUGUGCAGAAAUGCAGUAAAAAAAUAUAAAAGGAAAACCAAUGAUGUAUACUUGUGCACAAAACGAUCCAUAGUAAUUUCUAAACUAGAGAAGUCUACAAUCAUAAUGUUACAUGAAAUUCACAAAAAAGCGAAUGUUAAUUUAUCCAAACUGGUUAAAUUUAAUUAUUUUACUGAAGAGCAGUAUAUAAUAAACAAAGAUAAUGGUAGAAUUCUAGCACGUAAAUACGAAACACGUGUGAAACAUGCAGAACUUUUACUUUAUUGUGAAAAAGAAAAAUUCACUAUUGUAGAGAAUCAAAAACACUGGAUAUCUGGACAAUUUCAAGAAUAUUUACAGAUAUUGUACAAUAUUACAUAUGUCCUAAAAAACCUUAAAAUAAAAGCAAGCAACAAUGAAUAGUAAAAAUUGGAUUUAGUAGAAUUGAAAUAAUACCGAAAGAAUAAAAUAUAUUUGAAAGAUAAAUAAAAAAUUAAGAAAUUAUAAAAAAUGUAUAUACAUUAUGACUUACUAAUGGUGUUGCGUACAUAUACAA